CUGCCCUACAGGCAGUCCCAUUCUACAGGCAGCCCAGUCAGGUAGGCCAGCCUCCACAGGUCCCUGGGAAUUGCAGACAAGAGCAGGGUAGGAGGAGAGCAGUUCCUGGAAGAUGCGUCCAGUUGCUACAGGCAUUGUCAAGGCACUAGUGUUUAUUUUCUCCUCCCUGUGCGCCUGGUAUUCUGGGUACCUGCUUGCGGAGCUCAUUCCUGAUGUGCCCUUGUCCAGCACUCUCUACAACAUCCGAAGCAUUGGAGAGAGACCUGUCCUCAAAGUGGAUGGGCACCUCGGCUCGUGCUGUGUGUUCUUUGCUGCUGACCUUCACUCCAGCUCCACCCCUGGUGCUCUCGUGUUGCUGAACUCAGCUCCAGUCCCCAAAAGGCAAAAAUGUGACCACUGGACCCCAUGCCCUCCAGACACCUAUGCCUUCCGGCUGCUCAGUGGAGGUGGCCGAGACAAGUAUGCCAAGAUCUGCUUUGAGGACGAGCUACUAUUAGGAGAGAAGGUCGGGAAUGUGGCAAGAGGAAUAAACAUCGCAGUUGUUAAUUAUGAGACUGGGAAGGUGUUAGCAACAAAGUACUUUGAUAUGUACGAAGGUGACAACUCUGGGCCAAUGGUCAAGUUCAUUCAGAGCGCCCCUUUGAAAUCCCUGCUGUUCAUGGUGACGCACGAUGAUGGGAGUUCCAGACUGCAGGCCCAAGCGAAGGAUGCCAUAGAAGCCCUUGGAAGCAAAGAAAUUAAGAAUAUGAAGUUCAGGUCAAGUUGGGUAUUUGUUGCAGGAAAGGGCUUUGAGCUCCCUUCAGAUAUUGAGAGAGAAAAGAUCAACCACUCAGAUCCAUCUAAGAACAGAUACUCGGGCUGGCCAGCAGAGAUACAGAUCGAAGGAUGCAUACCCAAAGGGCUGAGCUAGCAAUGUCUGGACUUCAAUAAAUGUGUUUUGUGCAUAUAUGA